UUAAACCUUUCCCUCUCUCCGUCCUUAUAUGCACGCACCGUUUGUUUCUUAAACCAGAAAAGACCACAGACGACGACGCCUUUGUACUUUUUAUUCUCCGACUAACUCCCCCAAACAAAUCCCUAAUUUCACUUCGUUCAUCAAUAAAUCCAUCACAGUUCGCCCCCCACUACCACCUCUUUCUUGAAGACGUUUUCGCCGACUCGUCUCUGUUACUCGCUUCUUUUUCGAAGCUUAACUGAUAGGUCUGCCUCGUAUGCUUAGUUGAGCAGCUCUUUUCUGAAACAAUGGGCAGUUCAUUUAACCCACAGAUUUUGGUGGAAAAGCUGAUCAAGCUCAAUAAUUCACAGCAGAGCAUUGAGACUUUAUCACAUUGGUGUAUUUUUCACAUGAACAAAGCAAAGCAAGUUGUUGAAACAUGGGCUAGACAAUUUCAUUGCUCCCCACGUGAGCAGCGCUUAGCUUUUCUAUAUCUCGCAAAUGAUAUUCUGCAGAAUAGUAGGCGAAAGGGUUUGGAGUUUGUAGAUGAGUUUUGGAAGGUUCUUCCUGAUGCACUUCGUGAUGUAACCAAAAAUGGGGAUGAGUUCGGAAGAAAUGCUGCUCAAAGAUUGAUCAGCAUUUGGGAGGAAAGAAAGGUUUUUGGCUCCCAAGGGCGGAUUCUCAAGGAAGAGCUCAUAGGAAGGCACCUGGAGAAUAGUAGUAGUAGAGAUGGGAAGCAUUUAGGAUUCAAACUGAAAAAUUCUGCUGGAAAUGCUUUGGGAAAUAUAGUUUCAGGUUAUCAAAUUGUUUAUGGUGGCCAACUGGAUGAGGAUGCUAUCUUGAGCAAAUGUAGAAAUGCUAUUAGCUGUGUUGAAAAAGUACACAAGGAAAUUGGUGGUCGUAAACGUACUAAUUCGGGGCAACUCGAUGGAUCUGGCCUUGUGGACGAACUUCAGGAGCAGCACACAAUAUUAAAAAACUGUAGAGAACAACUAAGGGCAGUUGAAACAUCAAGAGCAAAUCUUGUGUCUCAUCUGAGGGAGGCUCUCCAGGAACAGGAAUUUAAGCUGGAUCAAGUCCGCAGUCAACUUCAAGCUGCUCAGUUCCAGUCAGAACAGGCAGGUAAUAUGUGCAGUCGGUUACUGAACUGCAACAAAGUGCACGAGCUAGUUGAGCAGAGCAUGGAGAAUUGUACCUCCGAAGCGUCUCAUAGUUUCAUAGCAGGAAACGGUGAACAAUCAGCUUCCUUAAUGUCCACUCGACAGGUACCUUUUUCCAAAAAUUCCAGUAGCAUCGAAGGAGUUCCCAUAUCUGCUGCAGCGUCAGUGGCAGCAAAGCUCACAGCAUCAACAUCCUCAGCCCAGAUGCUCUCUUAUGUUCUCUCUUCCCUGGCAUCAGAGGGGGUGAUUGGCAAUUCGAUUAAAGAAUAUUCCAGCGGUUAUCCUUCUGAAAAAAGACCUAAGUUUGAGAAUCCUCAACCACCAGUUCAACCUUUUCCACAUCCCGAGUCACUGCAACAAAACGUCUGUGUCACUGACCAAGAAUCAAAUUCACAUGAGCAACCACCUCUCCAAUCAUCCCGUCCAUCGGUGCCACCAGUAUCACCCAUGCAGUCAUCUCUAGUGCCCCAGUUUAUGCAGACUGCUGGACCAACAACUAGUGUAUCAAUCAAUGGUGUUUCUCGCUUUGCAGCCCCUUCAACAAAUCCUUACCACAGUUUUCAAGGAUCAGAAGGUGUUUUUUACAGCCAGCAAUCAUCUUUGCCAAUGGCACCAAUUUAUCGGCAAUAGAAUUAUGUUUCUUCCGGUGCUUAUAAGGGAGAAGUUUUGGCAUUGUAUUUUAAGACGCUUAUGUUUAAACACAAGGAGCUUCUUUGUUAGCUGGAAGUCUGAUUACACAAGUAAUUAGAUUCUACACGUCUUAAUUAAUAGAAUGCCUUUGCUAAGAUAUUUGAAUCUUAUUAAUGUGUUGUCCUA